AUGACUUCCUACAUUCUGUCUAAUAAUGCUAGCCUCAGUUGGAUUGGCCGGUAGGGUUCUCGACUGGGAUUGGUGAGUAGGUGGCAUAUCUCGACGAGAAAGGCGCUGAUGAAUGGGCGCAGGAGUGGACGUUGGUGGAUGUCGUAAGGAAUUCGGAGUGGCAGAUGAGAGAGGAGAAUUAGAACUGAGGAGAUCAGAGCUGGUUAUCGCCGUAUAGCCCUGUUCAGCUAGACGAAGAUAGGAGAGAGGGUACUGAUGUCCAUAAUCUACACCAGGGGGACAAAUUCGACGAACGGAUCCGUAGAGAAGUGUAGAGGUGUCUCCAGAGAGGGUGUUCAGCAUGGAGGGCGUCGUGAGAGCGGGGUCGAGAGAAUAAGGCACUCCUCCUCCUCCUCCUGCUGUUGUUGUUGUUGCAAUCAUACUGUGCGACAUUGGAUAACUAUCUCCCGGUGGUUGCAUCUUUUUCACCAACAUCAACUGUAA